AUUCAUUUAAAUAGAAAUUGUUCAAAAAUUCAAUCUCAAAAUUUAAUAGUUAUACAAUUGGGGCACAACUUUGUAAAUUGGUAUGCAGGCCAUUAAGUGUGUUGUGGUUGGGGACGGAGCUGUGGGUAAGACGUGUCUUCUGAUCAGUUACACCACGAAUGCCUUUCCCGGGGAAUAUAUACCGACAGUGUUUGAUAACUAUUCGGCUAAUGUUAUGGUCGAUGGAAAGCCUAUCAAUCUGGGACUUUGGGAUACGGCUGGUCAGGAGGACUAUGACAGAUUGAGACCCCUUUCCUAUCCACAGACGGAUGUCUUCCUAAUCUGCUUCUCACUCGUAAAUCCGGCCUCUUUUGAAAACGUGAGGUCAAAG